ACGACGAUGGCGCAGCAAACUUGUGACGUGUGCGUGGAGUCGCAAGCAAAAUAUAAGUGUGUGUGCAGUUUGAGGUACUGUUCUGUAAAUUGUUAUAAAACACAUAAUAGUAUCGUGCGUGGGAGAUGCUGUAAACCGAAAGAACAUCGAGUAACACGAGACGAGUCGAGGCAAUUGAUACCGUCGGACUCGCCGAAGCGAGACUUUCCCCGAGAAGAUACGGUUCCACCUCGUCUUCUCGAGUAUCUGCAAGGUUCUCGGGAACUUCGUACGACCUUGCAAAAUCCACAUUUACGCGAUCUGUUAACCAAAUUAGCAUCUCAGUCAGAUCCCGCAAGAAUGCUGGAUCAACUGAUGCAGGAACCUCUUUUCAUCGAGUUUGCCGAUGUUUGCAUGAAUGUCAUUGAGCCGCCCGAGGAAUAGGAGCUUCACUUUAAUACCCUUCGUUCAUAUUCAGUUCGUAAACUUUUGUAAUAUUACAUUUGCAAUGAACAUUCACCCAAACUCAAGUAAUAUGUUGCAAAUUAUUUGAAGUCCUUAUGAUAAUUAUCAACUGAUAUUGUUGAGUGUUUUCUGUUGAAUAUGAAAUGAAUUACAAAUAAAUACAUUUGUUAACAU